UCUCUCCUGUUGCACGCUCGAGGAAGAAAACGUGAAAGUCUGAAAACUUAACCAUGUCUCGCAAAAGAAAGGUUGUCGCAGACGAGGAUGAAGAUCCAACGAAGAUCGAAUUCGAAACAUCAGAAGAAGUUGACGUUGUACCAACGUUCGACCAGCUAAAACUUCGCGAAGAUUUGCUUCGAGGAGUUUACGCUUACGGUUUCGAAAAACCAUCGGCAAUUCAACAGCGUGCUAUUAAACCGAUUGUGAAAGGAAGAGAUGUGAUUGCACAAGCUCAAUCUGGAACAGGAAAGACGGCUACUCUCUCCAUCUCAGUGCUUCAGUCAAUAGAUAUUCAGACAAGAGAAACACAGGCCUUGAUCCUAUCACCAACACGCGAACUUGCCCAGCAAAUUCAGAAGGUUAUUCUUGCUCUUGGUGAUUACAUGAGCAUUCAGUGCCAUGCAUGUAUUGGAGGAACAAAUGUUGGAGAAGACAUUAGAAAACUUGAUUAUGGACAGCAUGUUGUAUCGGGAACACCUGGCAGAGUCUUUGACAUGAUCAGGAGAAGAAGCUUACGAACCCGAGCAAUAAAACUGUUAGUGCUGGAUGAGGCAGAUGAAAUGCUAAACAAAGGUUUCAAGGAGCAGAUCUAUGAUGUAUACAGAUAUCUUCCCCCAGCAACACAGGUUGUUCUUCUGAGUGCGACCCUACCACAUGAUAUCCUAGAAAUGACAGAAAAGUUCAUGACGGACCCUAUUAGGAUUCUUGUCAAACGUGAUGAGUUGACAUUGGAAGGGAUAAAGCAGUUCUUUGUGGCUGUGGAACGGGAAGAAUGGAAGUUUGAUACCUUGUGUGAUUUGUAUGACACUCUCACCAUAACACAGGCUGUCAUUUUCUGCAACACCAAGAGAAAGGUGGACUGGCUUGCAGAGAAGAUGUUGGAAGCUAACUUCACUGUUUCGUCGAUGCAUGGUGACAUGCCACAGAAAGAAAGAGAUGCCAUCAUGAAAGAUUUCAGAACAGGGCAGAGUCGAGUGUUGAUAUCAACAGAUGUGUGGGCCAGAGGUAUUGAUGUCCAACAAGUGUCUCUGGUUAUCAACUAUGACCUUCCAAACAAUCGUGAAUUGUACAUUCACAGGAUUGGUCGUUCAGGUCGGUUUGGCCGCAAAGGUGUUGCCAUCAACUUUGUGAAGUCAGAUGACAUUCGAAUUUUGCGUGAUAUUGAGCAGUACUACAGCACACAGAUUGAUGAAAUGCCCAUGAAUGUUGCUGAUCUGAUUUAAGUUCCCAGACCAAAGAUCCCAACGACAUCUUAUGCUGGCAAUAAACUAUAUCUCCAUAGUUAUGAUGUGACAUUUUAGAGCAGGUUGUCAACGUCACACCAACCAAAAAUGAAAUGCUGUUUUCCUAUGGAACUGUAAUGUGCAUUCGGCCAUGCUUGUACUUUUAAUGUUGUCUCUUUCCACAAGAAAUGUAGAUUCUCCUAGGAAGUUUCCAAAGGCUGUACUGUAGCUGCUUUUACACUGUAUGAUUUGGAUUGCUCAGUACAUAAAUCAAUGUAAUUUUCUCCACCUGAUGUGAAUUACUUGAGCACAAAAGUAAGGAAGAGUGUGUUGAUUGUUGUCAGUGUUACAUUUGUUUUUUACAGAACUGUGUUUUAUUUUAACCAGAUAGUUUUAAUAAGAAUUGCUUCUGGACUAGACAAUGUAAAAACCAAUUUUAAUCCAGGAAUUGUUUUUCAAGUCCUCUACAUCAGUUUUUGUUGUGUAUGCUACAUUCUAAUAUACAUUGUAAUAGACUUUACCAGACUUGUCACUGUUCUUCACUAACAGUUUGCUUGCUUGAUUUAUAAAUAAAGUUCUUGAGCAAACA